AUAUAUCAAGACUAAGAGCUGUUGUUAAGAAAUACGCAUCUUGGAACAUAACACAUUUUGCUGCUCUAAUUAUGUCGGUAACCGGUUUACAUGAGCAGUAACGCAGCUUGAGGGAGUAAUCGGGGGCCAUAACGCAUCUACUCUUCGUGCCUGAUUGCUUACGUAAACUGUAGUGUAUGCAUGUUUAUGUGAGUAGCAACAACAAUGUUGGACGUCGGUGCGCAACGGGCAAUGUAGAUUUGGUACUCACAGUUGCAGAAUGCUGCACAACGCUCAACCAACUGAACGCAUCUUGUCAGCCGUAAAGGAGGUUAUAGCGUCGUAAACACUUGAAGCGCCGGAAAUCGUUUUUUUGGUAAAGGAAAGAGGAGUGUUCCGAAUCUUUGGCUCAGUUACCUAUGUUUUGUCUUUAUUUUAUCCACUGGUAACAUUCUUUGUAUAUUAUUAUCAGACAGAGGUGUAUCUUGCUUAUUUGGUGGAACGAUGUCUGUUGUACCUCCCCAUCGAUCUACGACUGGUUGGCCACGCCGGACAUCAGAAUACAAAUACGUCAGCCCGCCGUCCAAACCUCUCUCUCUGGAGCGAACCAUCAACUUAUAUCCACUUACGAAUUAUACGUUUGGCACAAAGGAACCUCUCUAUGAGAAGGACAGCUCUGUGGCGGCUAGAUUCCAGAGGAUGCGUGAGGAGUUUGAAAAGAUAGGCAUGAGGCGGGCGGUGGAGGGUGUUCUGAUCGUACAUGAACACAGGCUACCACACGUUCUUCUGCUGCAGUUGGGUACAACAUUUUUCAAACUUCCUGGUGGGGAAUUGAAUGCAGGGGAGGAUGAGGUGGAAGGACUGAAACGAUUGAUGACAGAGAUCCUGGGGCGUCAGGAUGGAGUGAAGCAGGACUGGGUGAUUGAUGACUCUAUUGGAAACUGGUGGAGACCCAACUUUGAACCACCGCAGUACCCCUACAUCCCAGCACACAUUACCAAACCCAAGGAGCACAAGAAGCUCUUCCUGGUUCAGUUGCAGGAAAAGGCUUUGUUUGCAGUGCCGAAGAACUAUAAGCUGGUGGCUGCCCCUCUGUUUGAGCUGUAUGACAAUGCCCCUGGCUAUGGGCCCAUCAUAUCCAGUCUCCCACAGCUGCUUAGCAGGUUCAACUUUAUAUACAAUUAAAUCCUACAUUCUGAAUGCGGUGACUAGAGACUGUCUCUGUGAGUUCAGUCUGGGCAGAGAAGAGGGGGCGAGCCAGGGCCAACAGGAUGCCACUGUGUCCUUUUGACAUGUCCACAGGGGUCCAACAUGAUUCAAUAUUGAUCUGGAUGUUGUUAAACAUAUAAGAGAAUUUCAUUAAGCUUUUUUCUGUGUCAUUGUUUUAAUUCUUACAGAACUGUUACUUUGUGACAUGAAACCUUUUGUAGUCACACAAGUAUUGCAUUUUUAUGUGUGUAGGUGUUGGUGUGGAUGUUCUUUUGUGUUUGUCUUUGUAACAUACUUCCUGUUUAUUGUUUUUCUGUCAUUUUUAUUGACAUACCAAGAUAGUUGUCUUUUAUUUUGAAUUAAAGAUGGCUGU